AUGUCGAUUCCGGAGAAGUGCAUUGUCCUUGUGGCAGGUGGUGGUCCUGCUGGAUCCUACGCUGCCUCAGCGCUGGCCCGCGAGGGUAUUGACGUCGUUGUCCUUGAAGCCGAUAAAUUUCCUAGAUACCAUAUCGGCGAAAGCAUGCUCCCGUCCGUGCGACACUUCUUGAAGUUCAUCGACUGCUAUGACAGGUGGGAGAAGUGUGGAUUUCGUAUCAAGAACGGCAGUGCCUUCAAGCUGGAUCCUGACCAUCCCGAUACCUACACGGACUUCCUUGCCUCAGGAGGUCCUAAAGGCUACGCGUGGAACGUAAUCCGUUCCGAAGCUGACGAGCUUCUCUUCAAGCAUGCCGGUAGUUGCGGUGCCAAGAUCUUUGACUCCGUCAAGGUCACCGGUAUCACAUUUGAAUCGGACACAGCAGCUAGCGUAGCACCAAAGUUCGAUGGUCAGAAUCCGGGACGCCCUGUGUCAGCAACCUGGAAACACAAGGAUGGUAGUUCGGGAAGCAUCUCUUACGAAUAUCUCAUUGACGCUAGCGGAAGACAGGGUAUCCUCAGUACUAAGUACUUGAAGAACCGCAAGUUUAAUGAAGGCUUGAAGAAUGUUGCUAGCUGGGGUUACUGGAAGAACGGUGGUAUCUACGGCGCUGGUACCUACAAGGAAGGUUCGCCUUUCUUUGAAGCAUUGACUGAUGCUAGUGGUUGGUGCUGGUUUAUCCCUCUGCAUGAUGGUACCCAUUCUGUCGGUAUUGUUCAGAAUCAAGAUUCGGCCACUAAGAAGAAGCGAUCCAUGGAUUCAGUCCCUUCUUCUAAGGAGUUCUACCUACAAUCUCUCGACUUUGUCCCCGGUAUCAAAGAGCUCCUGUCCAAGGGCGAGCUUGUAUCCGACAUCAAGUCGGCAUCCGAUUGGUCUUAUAACGCUUCGAGCUAUGCGUUUCCUUAUGCGCGAAUUGCCGGCGACGCCGGUUGCUUCAUCGAUCCGUUCUUCUCUUCAGGUUACCACCUGGCUUUGAACGGGGGUCUCACGGCAGCUGUAACAAUCGCAGCUGCUAUACGAGGCGAUUGUGACGAGAAUACCGCAGCGUCGUGGCACUCUAAGAAGACAGCGGAUAGUUACACCCGUUUCUGGUUAGUCAUCCUGAGUGCCACAGCGCAGAUUCGAGACCAGAACAAACCAGUGAUCCACGAUUUCAAUGAAGAAAGCUACGAGAGAGCCUUCUCUCUCUUUAGACCAGUUAUUCAUGGCACGGUCGAUACCGUUGCUCCAGAAAAGCCGACCCAGGCAGAGAUCUCCCAGACGGUGGAAUUCUGUUUUCGCUCUCUCGCUUACAUCCCAUCCGACACGCAGGAAAUCCUUAUCGCGAAGUUGAAGAACCUCAGUCUAGAGAAUGAGCAUGACGACGAGAAGAACGACCGUAUCAUUGAUGACAUUGAGAAGUCUCUUACGCCGGAGGAGUCGAACAUCCUGGAUAUCCUUCGCGGAAGACGAAUGCUUCGAAACGAGGACGCCGUUAGCCUUGUUAACUUUACCCUUGACUCGAUCGACGGGCUCGCUCCCAACAUGAAGCGUGGAGAACUUGGUUUGAUCAAGGCCAAGCCAGUUAAGACCGACCGAGCCCAGCUAUACUCCCCCUCAUACUUGAAAAUCGGGCGACCUGACAUCAGAUCUCAGAGAGAAGGCACUGCCUCCGAGGCCAAAAAGGAUGAAAAUUGA